CUGCGUGCUUCCCAACACUAUCCGUCUAUUUGAAAACAAAAAUAUUCUUAGAUGCGCUUAAUUUAUGUAAUUUCUGAGGAUAAAUGGCUCUCACGAAGGUCUACGAUGCUGCCACAGUGUUCAAGCACUUAAACGGCAUUCUAAAUGUGUAUAAACCGGCCGGCAUGAAGGUAAAACACGUGCGCAAUGCCAUUAUCGGCAAUAUUUGCAAGGGCCUUAACGAAAUGGAGCAACGGGAGCCUCGUAAAUUGCCGGAGGACAGACCCCUUCUGGGGACAGGCACCGCCGCCGACCACGUGCUGCACAACAUAGCCAGCCAGACGGAUCUGUCGGACCACGUUCUGUCCGCCGGUCCGCGGUACCUGCCGCGGGACCUGAUCUGCACCACAGUAUCCAGCCUGGGCGAACACACCAGCGGCGUUUUGCUCUUGGGCAUCAACAGGGGAACGGGUCAGUCCAUCAGCAUUCGGAAGAACCGACCUGUGCGAGUCUACCACAUCACGGGCCGCCUGGGCAGCGCCACGGAGACCCACCUGCCAGACUCACGGGUCACUGUGCGCUCCAACCACCGACACGUUUCGGCGGACAGAAUCAGCGGCCUGGCCUCCUCCAUGCAGGCCUCGCAUCAGCGCAAGAUGUUCGAACUCUGCGGCGUCGAUCUGCAGACCCAGGAGGCCUAUGAGCUGGCCUGCAAGGGCCUUCUUCGUCCCGCAGACGACAGCCAGCCCGUUGUCUAUGGCAUCAAACUGAUACAGUUCGAGCGGCCGCACUUCACGCUGGAAGUGCAUGCCAUCAACGAGACGCAGGAGUACCUGGCCAUGCUCAUCAAUGACAUGGCCUUGGAGCUCCGCACCGUGGCGCACUGCUCCCAGCUGCGCUGCGUGCGGCACGCCCACUUCGAUGUGCGUGACAGUCUGUUGAGACACGCCUGGCACUUGCCCGGAAUCGUCAAGAACCUGCGCCAGCAGCGUGACAUCCUUCGAGCGCACCCACAACUGCUGCGACAGCCGCGAGUCGAGCUGCAAGCUGCACAGUAAUUUAAGGAUCAAUCAUUUGUUAUAUGUAAAUAAAUGUAGGUUUUAACGAAA